GGGAUGCCAUUGGAUACUGCUUGUUUACUGGCAGUGAUACUGGAAGGCAUUGUAUACGGCUUCUCAAUCCUCAUGUUUAUGGGUACCAUCUGGUCUUUGACAUACAAGCAGCGCAUGCAGGACAUCAAUCGCCCAAUGCUCGCGGUGGCCAUCCUGCUGUUGAUACUGAGCACUGGGCACAUCGUCGCGAACGUCAUUCGUAUGGAAGAUGGGCUAGUGAAGUAUCGCGGCACGUACCCCGGCGGGCCAGUGGCAUACUUGGCAGACCCUACCCAGAAAACGCUUGCAAUUAUGCAUGUGUUUUACGUCUUACAAACUCUACUGGCUGAUGGGGUAGUGAUUUACCGCUGUUAUGUUGUGUCGCAAUCAGUCUGGGUCAUUAUCAUACCAAGCUUGCUGUGGUGCAGCGUCGCAGUGACUGGUUUUGGUGCGGUCUACAGCUAUUUGCAAGUCGCAAAUUACUCCGGAGACUUGUUCGCUAACCUACUUGGCUGGCCUGCAAAAUGGGUUACCGCAUUCUUCGCCUCGACUAUGGCAACGAAUGGAUUGAGUUCAGGAUUACUCGCAUAUCGCAUCUGGAUGGUUGAACGGAAAGUCUCUACAGCUCGCGGACCCAAUGGCAAUAGUAUGAUGCCAAUAGUGCGCGUGCUUGUGGACGCCGCUAUUUUGUAUACUGUGGUUCUCGUCAUAACACUAAUACUUUUCCUAUGCUCGAACAAUGUAGAGGAACUCGCGCUGGAAAUGAUCCCGUCGAUCAUAUCGAUUGCCUUCUACAUGGUCCUUAUACGCAUCGCAAUCAACAGACAAAAUCGCACUCCCUCGACCAAUGAGACGGAACUAAGCACUUUCCACCAGAGUCGUAUGCAGGUUGAUAUAUCCAAAUAUACGCGCAAUGACGGUACCCCAGUAUAUGGAAUAGGGAAUGAAGAUCAGCCAUCGACAUUGAAGGAGUAGUCUAUAAAUGGGCCCUUGCAAUCAUAACUAAACAUGAUC